GAGUAUAAUUCAUUUUUUGGGGUAGAUUGUGCUGACAGGCUAAACAAGUCAUUGAUUUUAAUGGGAGAAAUUGGAGGAAACGAUAUAAAUUAUCCAUUGGCUCAAGGCAAAUCCCUUGAAGAAAUCAAGACCUAUGUGCCCUUUAUCAUUCAAGCUAUUGCCAACGCCACAAGAGAGAUCAUUAUUGCCGGUGCCUCACAAAUCGUGAUCUCAGGAAACUUCCCCUUUGGGUGUUUCCCUUAUACUCUCAGCGCUUUUUCUAGUAACGAUUCAACAGAUUACGAUGAAAAUGGGUGCAUAAAACGUUUGAACGAUCUUGCUAUUUAUCAGAACUCCAAUCUUCAGACUGCUAUAUACUCUCUUAGAAGGGAAUUUCCAAAUGUUGUUAUACUCUACGCAGACUACUACAAUGCUUUUCUAACAAUUCUUCGUCAAGCGCCUAUUCUCGGAUUUGAUCGUAGAACUUUGUUGAGUCCUUGUUGCCAAAGUAGAGAUUAUAAUCCUACUAGUCCACAGUUUUGUGGAGGGAUUGGCGUGCCUGUAUGUGACAAUCCAAAUCAAUAUGUGCAUUGGGAUGGUUUACAUCUGACGGAAGAAGCGCACCGUCAAGUCUCCAAAAUUAUUGAUACAAAUUUAGUUUUGGGGGCAAACUGCACCUUUUAA